CUAAGUGACCCCAAACUUUUGACCGGUAGUGUAUAUACAAUAAAAUCAAAGUUUGUGGAAAAUUGCAGAUUGCGUGAAUAAAUGCCUAUAAGCGCGCACGUGCAAAUAUGAAUGUUUUUGUCCCAAAUCCAUUUCCAUUCUUCACACUCUCGCACUUGUGAAUAAAUGCCGACCCAUGAGAAAAUAUUUAAUAGUAGGUGGUGCUCUACUGUUUCCUCGGUUUGAAAAGCAAUAAAAGUCCUUAUUUGAGUGGAAUAAAAAAUUAGGGGAAAAACAUAAAACAACGUAACAAAGAGAAAUAAUGUUUCAAGGCUGUAAAGAAUUUGAAGGUACUUCGCAAGUACACACUGUUUCAAUAACCUCCUGUACUUGAGCCCUGGGUCCUUCCUUUCCCAAGCCCUGAUACAAACUCAAUAGCACCUCAGGGAGUUGAGGGAGAAAGGCUCGACCAGAUCCGACCCCUGAAGUGUUCAGAAAUCUUUCUUCCAGGUGAAUGAACAAUGUCAACGGCAAUGUCUGUUGUGUACGUGAAACCGGAUUUCUUAUAGCUGCAAUAUUCAAUUGAAUAGCAACGUUAAAUCAGCUAAUGCAGGAAAUCAGUGUCUCAGAAAGCAUCUUAUCUCUUGGAGUGCAGACAUUAUUUGAUAUCCUCUCAGGUCACACGUACUAUGGGACCGUGCAGUGAAUAACUCUAACCUUGUGUGUGAGCUCAGAACAUGACAGAGGGGUGGAGAAUGCAUUGUUGGGACACAGCACUAAGCCUCCCACAGCCAAUAAGAACUUGACUGACUUCAACAUUUAGCACCAUAGUAUCCAGAUUGCCCAGCUGUUUUGAUCUGGGCACUGGAUGACCUGAACUUUUCAGCUUCACUUUACUCAUUUUAGAUGAAGUCUUAGGCUGAGGUGCCACUGGCAACUUUUGGACUGUCACAGUGGAUAUAGACCCACAGAUAACGUCUGGAGUAUCUGUGAAACAUAUGUAGUGAUUUUUUAUUUUUUUAUUUUGUUUUAUACAUAUUGAGAGAUGCUCAGUCCCAUUCAAUGAUGUCUGCUGCGUGUUAAGGUGCCUCCGAGACUGCUGUUUAUCUGCAGAGCUCAUCUGUCCCUGUUCGAGAGCGCCUGCCAAGGUCCUUGUAUCUGUAAAACGUGCUGAAAUUAAAGAGGAGUUUGGUGAGUGAAAAUGGCGCCCGCCGUCGGUGGUCCUCAAGGCUACACACCACCUGAGGGUGGCUGGGGAUGGAUGGUGGUAGUUGGGGCCUUCAUCUCGAUUGGCUUCUCCUACGCGUUUCCCAAGUCCAUCACUGUCUUCUUUAAAGAGAUUGAGGUGAUCUUCGAUGUGACCAGCAGCCAGGUGUCCUGGAUCUCUUCCAUUAUGUUAGCGUGCAUGUACGGCGGAGGUCCCAUCAGCAGCAUCCUGGUUAAUAAAUAUGGGAGUCGUCCUGUUAUGAUGGCGGGGGGAUGCCUGUCUGGAUUGGGCCUCAUUGCGUCCUCUUUCUGCAAUUCUGUUCAGGCCCUGUACUUUUGUAUUGGUGUGGUGGGAGGUUUGGGAUUGGCCUUCAACCUCAACCCUGCCCUCACUAUGAUUGGAAAGUACUUCUACAAAAGGCGGCCUAUUGCUAAUGGAAUUGCCAUGGCUGGCAGCCCUGUCGUUCUCUGCACCAUGGCUCCUAUAAACACCUGGCUUUUUGAGAAGUUUGGCUGGAGAGGAAGUUUCUUGAUCCUGGGUGGCCUCCUCUUUAACUGCUGUGUUGCCGGUUCCCUCAUGCGACCUAUAGGACCAAAACCAAAACCUGCAGAGAAGGCUACAGGGAGGAGGACUGUAGCACAGACCAUCAACAGCUUCAUUGACCUCUCUUUGUUCAAACACCGUGGCUUUGUACUAUAUAUCGUGGGCAAUAUUAUCAUGUUUUUUGGUCUCUUUGCGCCACUUGUGUUCCUCAGUAAUUUUGCAAAGAGUAAAGACAUCCCUAAAGAGAAGGCAGCUUUCUUACUGUCUGUGCUGGCUAUUGUGGACAUGGUUGCCCGGCCCUCAAUGGGCAUCGUGGCUAACACUAAGUGGGUCCGGCCCAGAAUACAGUACUUCUUUGCUGCGUCUGUGCUGUACAACGGUGUUUGCCAUGUUCUAGCACCAAUAUCAGUAGACUACAAAGGCUUUGUGAUUUACGCCAUCUUCUUUGGGUUUGCUUUUGGCUGGCUGAGCGCAGUGCUGUUUGAGACCUUGAUGGACCUGGUGGGAACCCAGCGCUUCUCCAGUGCUGUUGGGCUGGUCACUAUCGUGGAGUGUGGUCCUGUACUGUUAGGACCCCCUUUGCUUGGGAAGUUCAAAGACAUCUAUAAUGAUUACAAGUACACGUACCAGGGCUGCGGGAUCCUCCUCAUUAUCUCCAGUUUCAUCCUGUUUGCAGGGAUGGGACUCAACUAUCGACUGCUGGCCAAAGAGAAAAAAGAGGAGGAGAGGAUGUCCAAGGUGGGAGGUAGAGAACAAAAGUCCAACAGGGACAAUGCUGCUAAGGAGGUGGCAGAGGCUGGAAACACAGAAGACACUGUCUGAUAUUCUGUACCAUGUCAUGUGACAUUUUUGGUCAAUUUAAUCUUGUGAGUGAAACAGGACAGCAGAUAGACAUUAUUUUGAGUCCUUUUCUGUUUCAUAAUGAAUAGUUUUUUUAAGACCACUACAGAAAGCCUCACCUGCAAUUUAAUGCAACAUAUUUACACACCUAAAGGCCUUUAAACUCUAAUGAACAAGUCACAUAAAAUACCUCUAAUAGUCUUUUAGGGACUGUUAUACCAUAUGUGUUUGGUAGACUAUUCAAGUUCGCCUAGCCUUAUGUCACUUAUAUUGUUGGGAGAUGAUGGUAUUUCUUUAAUCUCAGAUGGUAUCACUAUAUUUUUGCUUGCUGCAUCAGAUAAUUAGUUAUUUUUUCAAUCGGGAAGUGCUCUAUAUUUUAAAAGGGAUGGCAAACAUUCUCUGUUAAAGUGCAUAAUUAUAGUAUUCACCACAUCAUGCUUGCCAUGCCAUCAUUCAAAUACAUUUAUAAAGACUUUUAUCCUGUUUACAAAGCCUGCUGUCUGUGCAGUUUUGAAAGGUUUGAAAACAUCCUUAGUGCCACUCUCACUUCAUAUAUUCCACAAAUAUAUUCUUACUAAUUCUCUAUUUCUAUUUUAAACAUGUUUUGCUUGGUCCAACUCUGAGGGCAUUUAACAUUGUUGCAUAACUUUAUGUAUUCACAUGAUAGAAAAAUGUGCUACUGACUGCAAGUUACUGACACGUCAGAAAAUCAAAUAAACUGUCAUUU